ACAUCAUGCGUUAUUGUGCAUGUACGUAUGUGCAUGCAUGGAUGUGUGUAUGCCUGCGUAAGUGCAUACAUGCAUACUGUACAUUGCCAGUGUGUCCUCACAUUGUGAAUGUGUGUGUGUAGGUGUGUGUGUGUAUGUGUGGCUGAUCCUGGUUAAAGUGGGUGAUCAUAUUUGAUGCUAUCAUCAGUAAUCCAGGCCUUAUUCAAGUGCAAAAAUGAGAUUCUAAUAAAAGAAUGUGCAGGACUUCCUGGCUGUUUGAGGGGCUUUCUAACACUACAGGUCUGUGAGCUCAUGUGAGUGAAGAAGGAGCAGACUUGAGCAUCUGAUAGGAGCCUCCCCGAGCCUCUUCCUCUCUGCAGCAACUCCCAGCCUCUCCUCAGAGCUCCGACGCACAGCCCAGCUCCGUGUGAGGGAAGAAGCGUGUGGGAAUCCGUGCCGCUCUUCUCACCAAGCGUCUGUAGCAUGAGCCAGCUGCCUUUUCCCUGUCGCGGAGUGAGACCCGGCUGCAUUCCUUCAUUUUAAAUGUGUAUGGUGAUAUUCGCUCCGCUUUUUGCCAUUUGUGCUUUUGCAACAUGUGGAGGGUACUCUGGUCUGCUGCAGGUUAGCAUGGACUGCCUCAACAAGACAGAGAGCAACUACAGUAUCACCAUCAACUUUGCAUAUCCAUUCAGGUUGUACCAGGUGUACUUUGAUGCCCCCUUGUGUGAAGGGAACAGGCGGGAGCGGCUGUUCCUGGACGGGGAUUUCUCCUCCUCGGCCGAACUAUUCGUCACCACCGCCGUCUUCGCCUUCCUCUACUCCCUGCUGGCCACCGUGGUCUACAUCUUCUACCAGAACAAGUACCGCGAGAACAACCGGGGGCCUGUGGCCGACUUCAUUGUGACCAUGGUCUUCUCCUUCACUUGGCUGGUGAGCGCCUCUGCCUGGGCCAAGGGUUUGGCUGAUCUCAAGGAGGAGACAGACCCUGAGAAGGUGCUGCAGCUGAUCUCUGCCUGUAGAGUCAGGGCCAAGUGCAGCUCUGUUCAGGAGCCUCUCUGGUCAGGCCUUAACAUCUCUGUGGUCUUUGGCUUUUUCAACUUCCUCCUGUGGGCAGGCAACAUCUGGUUUGCUCGCAAAGAGACUGGGUGGUACCAGCCAGGCUAUCACAGGUAUCCCGCAAGGAGUGCCUCGGAGAAACAGAGCGGCCGAUUCACCCGGCAUCCCUACAGCCAGGGUAGUUUUGAGGAGCCCCUCAGUCUUGAGCAGCCAAUGGGAGGCUUCAUCACCCAGCACGCUGUUCUGGGGCAGCAGUCCAGCUACAACCAGGUGGGCAGCUGUGUGACCACUGGGCCCAUCACCUUUGCUGGGCAGAUAUAGCCUCCGAACACUGCCCCCUGCUGGGCUGUAAUGGGAGGCUGUCCUAGGUCAUGGGGGACUGAGUGUGGUACAGGAGGUUAGGCAGACACACCAUUUGUUCAAGCCCAAUUGUUUGGGGCUUACCGGCCAUAGCACAGGGCUACACACCCACAGCCUGGGGGGCAAAUGUGACCUGUCAUAGAUUCAUUAUUAUUUCUUUGAAUAUUGAAAAUAGAAAAAUUAAAAAGUAUCAUUCCGGUGCAUGAAAAAUGUGACACAAUUCAGAUCUGCAUCUGCGGUGUCAGCAUAACCCCCAAUAGAGACACGAUAAUAAGGAUACAUACAUUAUAAUAUAGUAUAGCAUAUUGUAAGAAGACAUCUGCUUUGUUUACACAUAUGUGCAAUAUGUCUUAUUUAUACAUUUAUAUAAAUAUUAUGUGGAAAUUUGGCCUAUGUGCACAUUUUGAAAAAAAAGGAUCCAGCCCCCAGGAAGAGGUAGUUGAAGAACCAUGAUCUAGAGCUUUUCCUACACCAGGGAGAAACACAGUACACUUGAGCCCAGAUUCAAUGGCCAAUGUGCAACACACUGUGUGUUUCACUCCAAUGAGCAAUGAAAUUUAGAAGGCAUUCUACUUAUAAGUUUUCUAAUUCUACUAUUAGUUUGGUUGAGACAGGAACAAAUUAAUGAAUGUAAAACAAGGAGGAAAGUAACACUUGUUACAUUGCAUGUUACUGUGCUUGUUUGAUGUAUUACUUGGAGUUGGACUUAAAGCAGCUUGGUGAGAUUGGUGGUUAGAUUGAGGCAUGGACUCAUUCACAAAUCACUCCUUUGAUAUAUCUGAAUGUUCAUUUUUUCAUCAUGGUUAAUAUUGGUAAUUGCUGAAAGUGUUUGUGGAGAUAAAACUAACACUUGAAUGUGACCAUUUAAGUUUUGAAUAAAUAAAUGAUUUUCACAGUUUUUACCGGUUUUAUCUUUUCAGCUUCAGCUUCCAGCAUGUUUUUGUCUGUGGGAAGUUAUAUAUAUUUUAAUUGUUUUAUUUAUUUCAAACAAAUUGAACAAUGGUGAAAUAAAAUGUGAUACUUUGUACUUGUUGAAGAUUUUAUUGUUAAUGUUGAAGUGUAUGAAAUUGUGCAGUUAAUGGUUGUUACCUGUUUGAAUUUUGACUUUUCAGCCAUUUAAAAUAAGUAUUUCACUAAAAUAUUGACUUUAUUUGCACACUGACUUGUGUUUUAAUAAAAGUAUGUGGAUAGUACUUACAGGUUUAUUGCACAUGCUACCUGUCCAUAUGAACAUGUAACAUCUGUUGUUAAUCUUUUGGGAAUUUAGUAUGCUGGUGUUCAUAUUGUAUAAGGAUUCAAUUGUUUUGUGUGCUCUUUGUUAUUAAAUAUGCUUUAAUAUAUUUUGAUUUUAAAAGUAAUACUGCACUCAGUCUGCUGUAUAAAGGCACAUAAACUUGAAAAGGCACAUGAAAUCUAUCAGACCCUAACCAUCCUUAAUGAGAGAUGAGUAUCUCAAAGCUUGUCUCAAGAUGAACAGUCAUGUCUAAUUAUAAUCAGUUUUUGUGUACUUUCAUAUCUCCUUAAUCACAUUUCCAAAUACAACUCAUAGUUUAUCAGUUUUCUGUUGGUGUUAAAUGUUUUUAAAUGAACAUGUAUUCAUUCAGUAUUGAUUUUGACCAUUCAGAUCACAUGGCUGCGUUUGUCUCAGCAACUUAAAUGAGAAAUGGGGAUCAGUUUCUUUGCUGUACCCCACUGAACUUGCUCAAUGAUGUCACAUUAUGAGAACAAUUCAGAUUCAACAUACUUCAGACCUGUUAACAAUUACUGAAUGUGAAUGCCUGUUUAAAAUGCAUUAAAAGUUAAAUUAAUUAAUAUGCACGAAA